ACUCUAUCCACGUGCUUUUCCAUGAUCACACUGAUCCGUCAGAGAACGCCAUGUUUAUACUGUAGGUGGUUUGGUGCGGGUCUACAUGUUGUCUGUUAUUUUCAAGUGAUACGUUUACUUAUUUAUUUAUAUCGUAGUAUAAAGUAUCCUGUGCGUGAAGUAGAUUUCGAUCGAUAUUGUGACCGAUUAAUUUUCAUUGGCGGUACAUGGAAUAAUUUUGUAGACGUGAACGUUUUGGUGACUUAUGGACCUACGUUUCUCGGAAUUCUUUUGCUACUUCAUAAAUUGUUUACAAGUUGUUCAUACUGCUUUGCGGCUAAGCAGAAUCCUCAGAACGUGCUAUUUGCGCUAGGAAUACAAUUUCCUUUUCAGGAAUCAACUGCAAACGUUGGAUGAACGUGAUGCAUCUUUACUAGAAGCAUUUGCGCGUUUUAUAACCUGACAACACGUCCAAAGUUUCUUCUCUUUUAACAUGUUAUUAAAUCUUUGACGAAGUAUUAAGCGAUCUGGAACAAACAAAUGAAUUUCAAGAUGUGGUCAUCACAAGGUAACAAUUCUAAUUCAAAUAAUUCAUCCAAAGAAGAAAAAAAUCUGCGUACAUUGGGUAUGACAUCUGCUAUUAGCGUAGCAGAGCCAAAGCCCAGUGAUUUUACUAGAACAAAUGAAUUAAAAGAAGCAUUAAAGCCUUACAAUGUGUUUGAAUCAGAAGAAGAAUUAAAUCAUAGGAUGGAAAUUUUAAGUAAAUUAAAUGCAUUAGUAAAACAAUGGAUAAGGGAUACAAGUGUUGCCAGAAACAUGCCACCUAAUGUAGCUGAACAGGUUGGCGGUAAAAUAUAUACUUUUGGUUCAUACAGGUUAGGGGUACACCAUAAAGGUGCUGAUAUAGAUGCCUUAUGUGUAGUACCACGUCAUAUAUAUCGAUCAGAUUAUUUUACAUCUUUCUUCGAGUUACUAAAAAUGCAAGAAGAAGUUACUGAUUUAAGGGCAGUAGAAGAAGCAUUUGUGCCAGUAAUAAAAAUGAAUUUUGAUGGCAUAGAAAUUGAUAUGUUAUUUGCUAAACUGGCUCUAAAAGAAAUUCCGGAUUCAAUGGAUCUCAGAGAUGAUAUGUUAUUAAAAAAUCUUGAUCAGAAAUGUGUUAGAAGUCUUAAUGGUUGCAGAGUUACAGAUGAGAUACUGCGUUUAGUACCUAACAUAGAAAAUUUUAGAUUGGCCCUAAGAGCCAUUAAAUUGUGGGCAAAACGACAUGGCAUAUAUAGUAAUGUAUUAGGAUAUUUAGGUGGUGUAUCAUGGGCUAUGUUAGUAGCAAGAACGUGCCAACUUUAUCCUAAUGCUGUUGCAGCAACAUUAAUAGAAAAAUUUUUCCUUGUAUUUUCUCAAUGGAAAUGGCCACAGCCAGUCCUUUUAAAGCAACCUGACAAUGUUAAUUUAGGAUUUCCUGUUUGGGAUCCAAGAGUGAAUAUAUCGGAUAGAUAUCAUUUAAUGCCAAUAAUUACGCCUGCAUAUCCUCAACAAAACUCUACUUUUAACGUUUCGGUAUCAACGAGAACCAUUAUGCAAGAAGCAUUUGAAAACGGUCUUUCAAUAACGGAAGAAAUUAUUAUGGGAAAAGCAACUUGGGAUAAAUUAUUUGAACCUCCAAAUUUCUUUGGAAAAUACAAACAUUAUAUUGUAUUAUUAGCAAGAAGCUUAACUGCUGAAGAUCAGCUUGAAUGGUGUGGACUUGUCGAAUCAAAAAUACGACACUUAAUAGGUACACUGGAAAGGAAUCCUCACAUCACAUUGGCACAUGUAAAUCCGGAGGCGUUUCCACCAUUAGAACCAGAACCAGAAAGACACUGCUCUAUGUGGUUCAUAGGCUUGCUUUUUGCCAAAAGCGAAAAUUUAAACGUUGAUCUAACGUAUGAUAUAAAAUCUUUUGUAGACUCAAUCCUGAGACAGGCGGAACAAUUAAGCAUGUUGAAAGAAGGGAUGUGGAUUGAAGUAAAACACGUAAAGAAAAGGGAUCUACACACUUAUGUAUCUCCUAGUUUGCUCAAACGAGAAAGAAAGGUUUCCGGUACUGUACAUAAAAACGGAAAUAUUGCUGGAAACGGUAACAGUGGUAGCGUUUCACCACGAAACCCAGGGAAUACAACGAACAGAAAGAGAUUAUCAGAUCAAAAUCAAGAUACAAGUAUAAAAAAGCGAAAAGUCAACGAUGGCGAACAGCCAUCAGUGACACACCAUGGAGAAGAUGGAUCUCUAGUUGUUCAGUCUUGCGGAGAAGAUAGCAAUUCCGGAUUCAGCUUGGAUGAAUAUAAACAAACAUUAUCAGCUGCUAAGGAUGAAGGGCCUACUGGUGCAUCAACAGUAGCACAGGAAGGAUAUGUUUGCACUUGACCGCUACAGGAGUACUACCUCACAUCUAUCCACAGAUGCUCCUCUGGGCCAUCUAGACUGUAAUCACUUCUCAUGCAACCAUCCACUGCCCACUGUAAGUCCCCCGUUUCGUAAAAACAAAGCAACGUCAUGCGUUGGAGAGAACUACCCGUUGGAGUCAAUCGAUGCACGACUGUGUGUGACGGACACUCUAAUUUUAGUAUUUAUCAACAUCUGCAGUCAAUGGGAACAACUAUGUUAUUGAAUAAUUGUGCCAGUGUCUGUGAUGUUAUUUUUUUAUCGUAAAUCGCGUUAGUAAUUUUGGAAAGUUACGAUCGAAAAACUAUAGAUAGCAAAGCUUCAAAACCAUCACUAUGUGAAUCUAAGAUUCAUAAUUUUAUUUUUAUAUUUCAUUUUGUACAUAUCACUUAUGAUCAUUUUUAUCCACGAAAUUAUUAAAAAAGAAAAAAAAAGAGAAAUAAGAAAAAAAAAGAUGAUAAGAACAUGGUGUCGGGUGUAAAAUACAGUUCGAUGUUGUCGCGUUGAAAUGUGAAUAGACAACGAUAUUUUGAUUAAAUGCUUGUAUUAGGAUUUUCAGUCAAAUGAAAAAAAAGAAAAAAAGGAAGGUAAAAAAAAAAAAAAAAAAAAAAAAAGAAUGAAAGUUUCAGCGUUAAUGAGAUAGAACGUAUUCUUGUAUAAAACGCAUUUCUUUAAUGCAUAAGUAGAUAAAAUAUUUAAAAAAAAAAAAUGAAAUAUGUUUAAGUUGUAAAUAACUCGUAAAACACGUCGUUAUUCUCGUGUCAGUGUAAAUUACACGAAAUGAUUUGUCUCUAAGUUCUUUCAAGUGUAAUCGUAAUGAUAAUAAUCUUAGUUUAUUCAUUUAUUUUACAAGAUAUUUAUAUAACAUUACAUAAUAUUAAUUUUAUUUAUAUUAUCUCUACUAAAUGAAUAUCUUAAAUAUCAAUUGCUGUAUGAGAUAAAUUCUAAUACAUACGAUAUCGUUUAUAUUUUCACGAAAAAGGAUCAAAAAUUAAUUUUUUUUUUUUUUUGUUUUUUUUUGUUUUUCUCUCUUUCUCUUUCUUUGUCUCUCUCUCUCUCUCUCUCUCUCUCUCUCUCUCUCUCUCUCUGCCUCUCUCUCUCUUUCUCUCUUUCUCUCUCUUGUAAUCAGUCGAAUAACGAAUAAAAAUCACCGGCACUGGCAUAAGAAAUUGAAUGUUUCAUUUACGGAAUAAAACAUCGAUAGCAUUAUUAGAUUCGCAUCGAUGACCACUCAUAGUAAUUACUGUAAAUGAAACAUCUGUGAACAAGCCAUUGACUUUGUUGACGAUCGUGUUACAUAGAAAUGUUUUUGUACGGAGAGUCGCUUUUUAGUUUUUAUUCACAGAAAACGAAGUUAUAGCUUUAACAAUGCAACAUGGGACUGGCAUCUGGAUUAUUCGAAUCAUCCACCACCUGAUGGUGAGUGUUUUCAGGUGUUCGACUGCCUUCAGUUCCCCUUCAGUUAGAUUUCUAUCCUAUAAUGAUUCCGAUUCUAUCUUUUUAUCGUAACCACACUUUCCUUUACGAAUUACCAUUGUGUUAAAGGCAUGUCAUUUAUUAAGACACGUCUCGGGGUGUUUGAUGUUCACUCUUUAAUAAUGAUAUUAAUGAUAAUAUACGUAAUAUAGAUAUCGAUAUGAACGACACAUCGCAACGUAUUAUCUCAGGAACUAAGUAUUUGCAGAAUAAUCUUCAUGAAUAUAUAUUUGCAUACGAAUUACAACGUUUGUAUAAAUCCGCGAAUUAACAUUGCUACCCGAAAUACAUGAUUUUUUUUCGAAAAAUUCGAUUAAGAAUUAUUGAGAUAAUCUGCGAAUACUAUAGUUAAUUCGAGCGGUUAGGGACCAUUUCGUUGUUUGUAUAUAUUGGUCGUAAUCAUGAGAUCGUAUUUUUUUUCUUUUUUUCUUUUUUUCUUUUUUUCAUUCUUUUCAAAGCUUUUCUGCUCGUAUACGUCUUAUGUUACGUUAAUCAAAGUAUAAAUGUAUAGUCAACAAAUUACAUUAUAAUUUUUUUUUUUUUUUUUUUUUGCUUCCGUUAUAAUCGAAUUAGAUUCAUGUACGUAAGCAUUAUGUCAUUAUCUUUAUAUCUGUAUUCUGUCAUUUUUUUUACAUUCACUUUAAUUUUUGUUCGUGUGAUACGAGCAUUCGAGAUUUUUACAGGUCUAGGUGAAUGUACAAAGUAACUGACUUGGAUGUAAAUCGAGAUAUUCAAAUCCUGAAUAAAAAAUUUUUCUUAUAAAAGAAUCUACUAUGUUAUCCGUUACUAAGAAUAUUAUUUAUUCUAAAUAUAUAUUCUUCCGUUUAUACAAAUUAUUUAUUUUAUUUCAUUUCGAUUAUAAAAAACGAAUUUCAACUUAAUAAUCGAAUUGAAUUUCAUUGAAAUUAAAAAUUUCAUUAAGAAAACAAGAAUUAGAUAUUUGUUUAAGAAUAAAUUUUGUCUAUUUUAGUUCGAUUAUAAAAUUAUCACAUUUUCUAAAUAUAAAAUUCAUAAAUUAAAAUUCACAUUUUAUGAUUAUACGAUGAAAUGUAAUUUAUAAAUAAAUAAUACAAUAAACUGUAUAAUAACUGUCAGUUCCUAUUUCUUCGAUUAGAAUGAAAGUCUAUAUUUAAUCAUAAUUAUUUUCUUUUGAACUAAUUUAAUUAAAUAAUUAUAUUCUUGUUUUCUUUCAACGGAACAAAAAAAAAAAAAAGAAAAAAGAAUUUUAGAUUUUGUAGAUUUUAUAAAUUCUCUUCCUUUCUUUUUUCUCUUUCAAUAAAAUAGACUCAAAGAAGAUUAGUGCAAUAUAAAUAUUUUUAGGAAUUUUCGACUGAUUUUUUUUUAGUUAAUCAUAGCGAUAACUAAUUAAAAACUUUAAACGUUCGAAAAAGGGAAAGUUACGAUUAUAUAGAAACAUUUUAUUCGAAAAAAUAUACGUUUCGUGAAGCUAGGUGUACACGCGUGUAAUUAGCAUCUCAAAAAAACACUAAGCUUUGCUCGUAUUUUUUCCAACAAAGUCUUUGAUCGUAAUUUUUCCAUUAUUUAUUUAUUAAUUCUAAUUCCUAAACUAUUUGAUUGAAGUUUGGAUACAAUUUUUCGAGCCUCUCACGCAAUACGAUUAAAAUUAAAAAUAGCAGUUUGUAAUGCUCAAUAAAAAUGCUCAAGAAAGAAUUUUUUAUAAUUAAAUCACAGUAUCAACGAAUUCAACGGAAUAAUUAAAAAUUUAACGCUGUUUAUACUCGAUGAAAAUUUUCCAAAUAAUCCAAACUUUCCUCUUUAAAUAUCUUCAGUUUAACUAUCAAUUUUCCUUUUUUUUUUUUUUUUUUAAUUUUAUGAUAGUCCUGAAAUUAAUCAUUAUUCCUUUAUUUAUUAAUUUCUUGAUUCAUUUCCCGAUAUAUCGGAUAAUAAUCUUUCAUUAUUAUAUUUUCUGAUAUACCGGAGUAGCGUAUGUGCGAAUAACAUAAUAUAAUACUUCAAUGUUAUCUAACAAAGAGAGAAAAAAAAAAAUCACUAUCGAAAUGACGUAUGAAUAUAUAUAGUAUCGUGAAAUUUUACACAAUACUAUCAGGCAGAUCGAUAUAAACAGUGAACAUCAAUAUUAUCCUCGUGCGUAUACAGUAACAAUAAGUAUCAUGCUUUUUUGUUACUUAGAAAAAAAUAAAAUAAAAUAAAAAAAGAAAAAAAAAGAAAAAAAAAGAAAGAAAAGAAAAAAAUCGUUAUUAGAGAAGAAAAAGAAAAGAAGAAGAAACUGAAUGAGAUCGUGCACUCGGAACUCCAUUCACGUAUCUUUUCGUUCCGAAACGUCAGACAUGUCUAUAGCACAUUCAUGUGUCCUCGAUCCAUUCUCGAGAACAUUGCGUCGUUCGUUUGUGUAUCGGUGCGACGUUCUCGAGAGCUACCUAAUAUAAAACAAAUUAAAAGAAAAGAAAAAAAAAUCCCCCUCCAUAAAAAAAACGAACAAAACAAAUCGAAAAAAAGAUAAAGAAAAAACGCGAAACGGUGAACCAUCACCCGUAACACGUACACACACAUAUACACACGUACACACCUUUCUCUUGUACAAUAAAAAACGAAUAAAAAAUCAAGUGAAAAAAAAAAUUAAAAAAAAAAAUUAAAAAAAAUUAAAAAUUCGAAAAAAAAAUUUUGCUGAAGGCAAGGAUCUAACUAUCUAGGAACGAGUGUUUAUAAGAGUAUGCGGAAAGUCCAAAAUUUUGAAGGUUUCUCGAUCGAUCCAUUCGUCUCUAGAAUCCUUCUCGGACAUUCCCUCCUAUAUUAUAAUCCUUUCUCUCUUUCUUUCUCUCUUCCUCUCUAUCUCUUUAUCCCUCCUUUUAUCUUUCGCCCUUUUUCUCUCUUUUUCUCUCGAACACGAUAUAAUAUAAAAAAAAAAAAAAAAAAUUUCAAAACGGACGAGACAUUUAGUGAACACUCGCUUCCAUUAACCCACGAACACAAUACAAGACAGCACAAUAUUAACACAUACAUACAUACACACAGAGUUAGAAAGACACACGAAUAACACACGGAGUAAUCACGGUGUAACACAUUCUUAAGAGAAAAAAAAAAAAGUGCAUAUUCAUAUACUGACAAGAGGACCCCGUGCACAAACAGACGCACGAUUUUAUAUGGAACAUAAUUGUGGAGGUAAACUGCGAAUGCAUCUGCGAGGCUGCGUGUGUUUUAACAUAUGAAUGUGUGAGUCAAUUUUGUCUGAAUGAAGGGGAAAAAAAGAGAGAAAGAAUGAUGAUAAAAAUAAAGCAGCAUCGAAUACAUUACCAUGUGUUUAUGUGCUUGUACAGCGUAUACAGGCUGUCACGAUACACCGACACCAGCCCCUAACUUCCUAAAUAAAUAGAAAUGUGCGGGGAGGGGGAAAAAAAAUGGUAUGGAUCCGAUUUUUUAGUCAACCGAGAGUCGUACGUACUACACACCAUGAUCACACGAUCCUCGCGUGAACGAAUCGUUGUAACCGUGACGAAAUUCUUUUAGGUUCUCGCUACCGACGAAGAAGCCCCCUUCCUCUGUGUCGAUACGUGUCAACUUUGAGAAACGAAAAAAUGACCGCCGUGAGAGGAGAGGGUGAAACCGAUUUCACGAUAUAAGGUCGCCCCCGCUGGGAAACGAACACGAGAGAUUAAAUUAUUAAUUAUCAAUUAUCGCUACCACCAGAAUAUUUAUCACUAGAACUACCUCCAAUCUGUCUGUAUACCUUAAAUACCAUUUGAUACACGUAAUAUCGUUUUUUGUUGAGAAAAUCAUCUGUCGCAUCUCUCAAUAAUCAAAAGUGAAAAAAGCGUUUAGGUAGUUCUAGUGUUAAAAAAAAACAUUUAUUAUUAUACACCAUCUUCAUUCUUGUCUUCUAAUUCUCGUUUCUUUUUUUCAUAUUUUUAUAAUCACCGUUUUCGUUACUCAUCGUGCGAAAAAACGAAUAACAGACGAUUCGGCCACGAUCGCUAAGAAUUCGCUCCAUACCAUCGUGCAUACAACAAUUUCUUUCGAAUCGAUUCCUCGGCCGUUGUAGAACUGAAACGCGUGCAAAGAUGUUCCCGUCUCUGUUUUAUUUCCGCGUGCGAGUUGGAAAUCCAUCCCGUGUCUCUCUCUCUCUCUCUUUUUUUCUCUCUCUUGACUCGACUUUUGGAGAGAUGAACACGGGAGGAUGCACCACUGUUACUGAAAGUUCCUGCCACUGAAAGUGUACACACGUUGCAACCGUGCGGUGCGAGAAAAAAAAGGGGAUCGGUGUAUCGUGAAGGCCGUAUGCACGUUAGCUGUUACUCCAUUCGUAGGAUCGAGGUCGUUGUAAAGAGAUAACGCACGACGGCAGGGUCCAUGUGCUUCGACCUGGCAAUAGGGACGAUUAUUUACCGUGAAGCACGAGUUAUAUGCAUAAUUUGUAUCCUCCCUCGGCAGUUGUACAUUCUGUAUCUUUCUUGAAUAAACCGAAAUAAAUUUUUCUUUUAAUUCCUUCAGCCAAA